CCAGUGCUUUCAAGAUACAGUCCUUGCCUGGAUCCCCUGUGCCUAUCUUUGGAUCGUUUUUCCAUUCUAUUACCUAUAUCUGAAGCACCACAAGAAAGGAUACAUCAGGAUGUCGCACCUCUUCAAAGCUAAAAUGGAACACUGCGGCCUCCAGCCUUCUUCAUUAGUCCAGCAGUGCUGGGGAUCACAAUGAUGCUUGCAGUGUUUCUUACCCAGCUUGAAAGACAGAAGGGUGUCCAGUCAUCAGGCAUCUUGUUGAUUUAUUGGCUGCUGUCAUUCCUGUCUAGUAUUGUGACUGUUAAUUUGAAAAUUCAACAUGCCGUGAAAUUGGGCUUCCUGGAGGACCCCUUCCAUCAUAUCACUUCUUACAUCUAUUCUACCUUGGUGCUAGUAGAAUUGGUGAUCUCCUUCUUUACAGAUCAGCCUCCCUUCUUCUCCAAAAUUGUCAGUGAUUCCAAUCCGUGUCCAGAAGCCAGUGCCUCGUUUGUUUCCAGAAUCACUUACUGGUGGUUCUCUGGGCUACUCUGGAAAGGCUAUCGGCAGCCAUUAGAAGCGAAAGACCUUUGGUCGCUAAUGAAAGAAAACUCAUCUGAGGAAAUUGUCUCCCAGCUUGAAAGAGAAUGGAAGAUGUAUUGUGACAGAACCAGGCAAAAAGCAGGGUCAGUUAAAUUUGAAAAGGAUCAGCAAAGGGAGGCUGAUUCGACAGAAGCCGGAGAGAAGCAGGUUCUGUUACAGCCAGAAGACUGUCAGAGCAAGUCCUUGCUGAAAGCAUUAUGGAGCAUGUUCAGAACCUAUUUCCUUUUUGGUACCCUCAGCUUGGUCAUUUGUGAUGUCUUCUUGUUCUCAGUCCCAAAGAUAUUCAGCCUUUUUCUGGAGUUCAUGAAAGACCAAGAAUCCCCUAGCUGGAAGGGUUAUUUCUAUGCAGGAUUAAUGUUCUUCUUAGCUUGCCUCCAGACUCUGUUUGAACAACGGUACAUGUAUACAUGUCUUGUAAUAGGAGUAAGGCUGAAGACUGCAGUUACAGGCCUGGUGUACAGAAAGAUCUUAGUCAUGUCAAAUGCAGCAAGGAAAGCAACAACAGUAGGAGAAAUUGUCAAUCUGGUGUCUGUCGAUGUCCAAAAGUUAAUGGAUCUCAUCAUCUAUUUUAAUGGGAUCUGGCUUGCUCCCAUUCGGAUUAUCAUCUGCUUUGUCUUCCUGUGGCAGCUCCUGGGACCAUCUGCCUUGACUGCAGUUGCUGUAUUUUUUCUUCUUUUGCCUCUGAAUUUUGCGAUUACCAAGAAAAGGAGCCAGUUUCAGGAGGAGCAGAUGCAGCAUAAGGAUGACAGAGCAAAACUCACCAAUGCUAUUCUCAGCGACAUGAAAGUCAUCAAACUGUAUGCCUGGGAGAAAGCCUUUAUGGAGAAAGUGCUUGGUAUCCGGAAGCAAGAACUACAAGCCUUAAAAAGGUCUCAGCUUCUGUUUGCGGUGUCUCUGUCUUCCUUCUACUCAUCUACUUUCCUGAUUGCACUGGUCAUGUUUGCAGUCUACACCUUGGUGGAUGAGACCCAUGUCCUUGAUGCCCAGAAAGCUUUUGUGUCCUUGACGCUGAUCAACAUUCUCAACACUGCCCACUCCUUCCUGCCAUUUUCCAUCAAUGCUCUUGUGCAGGCCAAGGUUUCCUUAAACCGUUUAGCUGCAUUUCUUAGCUUGGAAGAGCUGGAUUCAGACAACAUGAACACAGAUCUGUUGGAUAGCUUCAAGAAAUGUAUCAUCAUAAGGAAUGGAACUUUCCACUGGAGCAAAGAAUAUUUUCCUUGCCUGAAAAGGAUAAAUUUAUCUGUGCUGGAAGGCAGCCUGCUUGCUGUGGUGGGCCAGGUGGGAGCUGGAAAGUCUUCUCUGCUGUCAGCAUUACUUGGGGAGCUGCAGAAGUUGGAAGGCCACGUAUCUGUGAAGGGAACAGUGGCCUAUGUCCCCCAGCAAGCUUGGAUACAGAAUGCUUCAGUGGAAGACAAUAUCCUGUUUGGAAAAGAGAUGGACGACAGUUGGUAUAACCGAGUGAUACGUGCUUGUGCGCUGCACCCAGACCUGGAAACCUUCCCUGCAGGAAGCAAAAGUGAAAUAGGAGAAAAGGGGAUAAAUAUAUCUGGAGGGCAGAAACAGAGGAUGGGGCUCGCUCGAGCAGUGUACCAGAAGGCAGCUCUUUACCUACUGGAUGACCCUCUUUCAGCUGUGGAUGCCCAGGUUGGACAGCAUAUUUUUGAGCAGGUCAUUGGACCUAAUGGCUUACUGAAGGAGAAGACUCGAAUUCUGGUGACUCACACAAUCAGCAUCUUGCCCCAUGUUGACAAUAUUGUUGUGCUGGUGGAUGGCGAGAUCUCAGAAAUGGGUUGCUACCAAGAACUGUUACAGAAAAAUGGGGCUUUUGCCAACUUCCUUUAUUCAUACAGCAGCGCAGAAGAGGAAGAGGGCUAUGAUUUACCAGCUGCAGGAAAUGCUGACAAUGCCGUCGUUCCCAGAAAUGCUACACACCCAGAAGAACCCUUCAGUGACGGGUCACUCAAGGCUUCUACAGAGAGAAGCAACUACAGAGCCAUAAGACAAGACCGUGCACCUACUGCAGCUUCCAAAGAUGUGGGAAGACUAAUCGAAGGGGAGAAAACUCAGCAUGGCAGGGUUAAUACUUCCAUUUAUUUGGACUAUCUGAGGGCAGUGGGCUCCCCGAUCUGUUUGUACAUCAUCCUGUUGUUUACAUGUCAGCAAACUGCGUCGUUUUGUCGCGGUUACUGGCUCAGCAAGUGGGCAGACGACCCUGUUAACAAUGGAACGCAAAAGCACACAGAGCUGCGAGUUGGAGUGUUUGGUGUUCUUGGAGUCGUUCAAGCCAUUGGCAAGUUUGGGUCCACAGCAGCUGUCCUGCUAGGAGGGGCGAUAGCAUCCCGCAAACUCUUUCGGCAGUUACUGGAAAACAUUGCUAGAUCCCCAAUGAUGUUCUUUGAGCAGACAUCCAUUGGAAACUUGAUGAACCGCUUCUCCAAAGAAAUGGAUGCUAUUGAUUCUAUUAUCCCAGAUAAGCUUAAGUCCUUGCUGGGGUUCUUGUUCAACUUGUUGGAGAUCUACAUUGUGAUUGUAUUGGCCACGCCAAUAGCGGUGGUGGCAAUCGUGCCAUUGACAGUGCUGUAUGCUGUGUUCCAGAAUUUCUACGUUGCCACCUCCUGCCAGCUGAGGCGUCUGGAGGCUGCUAGCCGCUCGCCCAUUUACUCCCACAUGUCAGAGACAUUCCAAGGAAGCAGUGUGAUUCGUGCUUACAAGGCGCAACAGAGGUUUAUUUCCAAGAACGAUUUCCGAGUGGAUGAGAACCAGAGAAUGUGCUUCCCUGGGGUGGUUGCCGACAGGUGGCUGGCUGCAAACCUGGAGUUUCUAGGCAACGGCAUUGUAUUGUUUGCAGCCCUUUUUGCUGUGAUCAACAAAAAACAACUUAGCCCAGGGAUUGCUGCCUUUUCCAUUUCAUAUGCUCUUCAGAUAACUGGCAUUUUGAACUGGAUGGUGCGCUCCUGGACAGAAAUAGAAAACAAUGUUGUUUCGGUGGAGAGAGUGAGAGAGUAUUCAACAACUCCUAAAGAGGCCCCCUGGACUCAGGAAGCCAAGUCUCAAAGUCAGGCUUGGCCCACUGAAGGAAGAAUUGAAUUUAGGAACUACAGUUUACAGUACAGGCCAAACUUAGAGUUAGCACUGAAGAAUAUCACAAUAACAAUAAGGGGGCAAGAGAAGAUUGGCAUAGCUGGAAGAACAGGAGCUGGGAAAUCAACUCUUGCAGUGGGACUACUGAGAUUAGUGGAAGCUGCUGAAGGAGAAAUCUCAAUUGAUGGAAUAAAUAUUGCUCACAUAGGUCUCCAUGACCUUAGAACCAAAAUAACAAUUAUUCCCCAGGAUCCAAUUUUGUUUUCUGGUUCUCUAAGAAUGAACCUCGAUCCCUUAAACACAUACUGUGAUGCAGACAUCUGGACAGCUUUGGAACUGACUCAGCUUAAGAACUUUGUACUGGAUCUGCCCGAUCAACUGAACUAUGAGUGCUCUGAACAAGGGGAAAACCUGAGCGUUGGUCAGAAGCAACUUCUCUGUCUGGCCAGGGCACUGCUACGGAAAGCCAAAAUCUUGGUUCUAGAUGAGGCUACAGCAUCAGUGGAUGUAGAAAUGGACCUCCAUAUUCAAUCAAUGAUAAGGACUCAGUUCAAAGAGUGCACAGUGUUGACAAUAGCUCAUCGUGUGAACACCAUCCUGGACUGCAACAGGAUUUUAGUCUUGGAAAAUGGUCAGAUUGCCGAAUUUGAUACACCAGAGAAAUUAAUGGCUCAAAAGGGACUAUUCUACAGACUGGUUGAAGAAUCGGGCCUUCUUUGAUCAUCACCCAAAACAUGCAUCAUCAUACCACUGUUGUUGAAAAGAACUGAUCUAUUCUUAAAUCACCUAACUUUGGUUUGGUUGCAAAACAUCUGGUACUUAAUCAAAUCUCAUCUGCAUUUGAGCCACAAUGAACUAAAUACUUAAAGGGAAACUAUUUUACUGUACAUGAAAGAUACACACACACAUCCAGCUUUUUGUUUCCAGACCACUUUCCAUCAUUAUACUACUAGAUGAAACUAUGGUCACAAUUGAAUGUUAUUACCAAAUGUUUUGGCAUUCUCUCUGGGAAGGAAUAAACAGUUGUCGCACACACCACUUCCUUAUUGGCUUGGUUUUCAAAAAUUAAAUACUAGUAAUUCAUUUAUGCCCAGUUAGUCAGAUGAGCCAAUUGGAAUUUAAACACCUGGCUGGGGUCAUCUGACCCCAGCACUCUUUUCCUGCCCUUUG